AUGCGCUCCGCAGCCAAACUCAGCCGCAUCCUCCUCCUCCUCCUCCUCCUGCCGCCACCGCCCGCCGCCGCCUACUUCGGCCUGACCGGGAAAGAAGCUCUGACCCACUUCCCAUCGCUGGGCGGCCCGGGGGGCUCCGGCCCGGCUCAGGGGCACGUGAAGCAGUGCGAGCUGCUCCAGCUGUCCCGCAAGCAGAAGCGGCUGUGCCGGAGGGAGCCGGGGCUGGCGGAGACGCUGCGGGACGCGAUCCGCCUGGGCAUCCUGGAGUGCCAGUUCCAAUUCCGCAGCGAGCGCUGGAACUGCAGCCUGGAGGGCCGGCCCAGCCUGCUCAAGAGAGGUUUUAAGGAAACAGCCUUCCUGUACGCGGUGUCCUCGGCCGCCCUGACGCACUCGCUGGCGCGGGCGUGCAGCGCGGGGCGCAUGGAGCGCUGCACCUGCGACGACUCCCCGGGCCUGGAGAACCGCAAGGCCUGGCAGUGGGGAGUCUGUGGGGACAAUCUCAAGUACAGCACCAAGUUCCUGAAAAAGUUCCUGGGGCAGAAGAGGAUCGGCAAAGACCUGCGGGCCAAGGUGGACAUCCACAACACCAACGUGGGCAUCAAGGCGGUGAAGAACGGCCUCAAGACCACCUGUAAGUGCCACGGUGUGUCGGGCUCCUGCGCGGUUCGGACCUGCUGGAAGCAGCUCUCGCCCUUCCACGAGAUCGGGCGGCUCCUCAAGCUCCGCUACGACGACGCCGUCAAAGUCUUCAGCACCAGCAACGACGCCGUGGGGCACUCGGAGCUGGCGGGGCCGCACAGACACGGCCCCUCGGCCAAGCAGCCCCUCCUGCCCCGUCCCACAGACCUGGUGUACGUGGAGGACUCGCCCAGCUUCUGCCGGCCCAGCAAAUACUCGCUGGGCACCGCGGGCAGGACCUGCUCCCGGGAGGGCAACUGCGACAGCAUGUGCUGCGGCAGGGGCUACAACACCCAGAGCCGCCUGGUCACCUUCUCCUGCCACUGCCAGGUGCAGUGGUGCUGCUACGUGGAGUGCCAGCAGUGCAUGCAGGAGGAGGUGGUGUACAGCUGCAAGCAGUAG